AUGUCUUGCUGUUUAAUUUUAAUACGCCGAAUUGUACAACCUUCAAAAUAUCCCCAUUUGCCUCCUCCUAUAUUGUGGACAUCCGGUAGCAUGUUUUCGUCUGUAUCACAAGGUUAUGCAUCGUGGAAUGAUUUUCAUCGUCAAGAUCCUCGAUUUACGGAUCAAAUUCGAGACGAUGUCUUACAUCCGCGAGAUUCACACUCAUACUUUUAUCCAUCUAAAAGUAUCCGAAGGUCAAGACCAUUAGGAAAAAUCACUAAAGCAAGGAAGGCAUCUAUGCACCUGCCUAAGACAUUUAUGACCAAGAAAGGAGCUCUAUAUUUAUUUUCAUCGGAUAUUUCGCCACCACCACCGCAUACCAGAUAUUAUGAAGGUCAAUUUCGUAGAGUCCCCGGAUUUCACGAUGUUGAACCCGUUGGAAUUAAAACUACCGGCGAAUUGCAACGUUCCAUUUUCGAUUUUAGUAAGCAAAGGCAAAAAGGUCACUAUCACUCACACUACCAUCAACAUGAAGAUCCCUAUAAACAUCAAUAUGUCUACGACCCGAACCAAUCUAUGGUAAGCGAAAAUUGGUGUCCUAAUUACAAUAUUGAAAACAGGCACAAAUGGAGCAAUUAUGCUAAGAAUACCAAGCCCAGACCACCCGUUUAUGGUAACUUUUGGUCCAUGAAUCAUUUUAAACCCCAAUUUCCCCAUCCAGAACAGCAGAAAAAAGCAACACCUACCGACAAACCAUCAGCUGCUCGACAUGACCGACUAUCUUAUCAUAAUCUGUCUUACGGAGCAGUUGAUAAUCAGCAAGAAAUUGAUGUUAUACGCCAACAAAUUUGGUCUAAAUUUAAAGCACUACCUAAAAUCAAUCGACUAAGGCAUUCACGGGUAGCUAGCAAAGCUAGUAGUGGUGAAGAUCCUGCUGUAGCUGCUUAUAGUCAUGCAUGCGUUCUCGACACCGAUGAUGGUCGCGAUGAAAUAGUAUCUCCAUGGAAACCGACACCUCCAAGUCGACGUAAACAACGUACCCAACAAGAAGUAGAAGAUGAAGAUAGCGAAGAUGAAUUUCAAGUUGCUUUACAACGAGUCCAACCGCCGAAAAUUGUUUAUCAGCAAUUGAAUCGCUCGGACAAGGAAAAACUCAUCAGUAAAUUAAUUAUUCAUGCUCAUUUAACUAGAGGAACAUCUGGUAAUCAAGAUGUUUCCAUUGUCAGCGCAAGUACACGAGGCUCCAAUUCCCCCGUUAAUCAAGAUGUCACUGCUUUAGUUCCACCCCAUCCUCGCAGUCAUGAUAGUGAAUCCAUCGAUUCAGGGUUUACUGCUCAAUUACCUAGUAAAGAAUCCAAAUAUCCCUAUGCGAUGAAUAAUGCUCGACGUGUAGAAUCAUACAACUACGAGAGCUCAGAAGGAACGCAAUUUGAUACCGAUCGAUUAAAUGUGUCAUUGAAUAGCAGUGAUGGUGAGAAUCAUAAUCCUGCUGUUAUUAAUAUCCAAUCCUUAUUUCAAGAUGAUGGAUCCUUUCCUGGACAAUCAUUGCCUUUUAAUUCAACAGAAGGACAUCAUGCCACGAUGGGGACAGCAAGUCCAAAGAAAAUACAACAAAUUGGUUAUAAUCGUCUGCAGCUAUUCGAUAAUGAAUUUGAUAGUCUAAGUGGCCAACAAGAUGAUGAGAGCUUGCAGUCAUGGCGUACUGGCAGGCCUGCCUAUCCGGAAGAUGAGCCAGAAAAUCGAAUCAGAAUGAAAAAACAACCCACACUUGUACAGAACAAGGAUAAUAUCGAAGCUGGAGUUAAGCAUUCCUUACUUGAAGAUAAGCAUUAUCAUCAAAAACGGCAUGGAAUUAACCCAACCAAUUUAAGUGAAUAUCCUAGAAUUGGUUGGAAGCGAUCUAACAAACCAAGCAAUAGUAUUACUACUGACUAUGCUGCCAAAGAUACCGAUGGCACUAGCACCAUUAAUGGUCAUAACUAUUCCGUAUCAUCGGGUAAAAGGAAAAUUAUUAUCCCAAAUCGUAUUACAUUCGGUGCUGAACACAAUUUUGAUAUAUUUGAUGAAGUUGAUGAAGAUGAUGAUUCAAGCAAUAUUAGUAUCCAUAGCGAUGGAUUGCCUAAAACAGGUGGCAUGUCAGCAAGACCAGUUGUUUAUGAUCGUCCUCAAAGUGCUCCACAAAGUAGUCCCUUACUCAAAGCACGCUUAGAAAGCCGAGCUAGCGUUCAUGGAGGUGGAAGAUCACCUUAUAGCCGAGCUUUAAGACCAGCUAGUGCAAAAGCAUCAAUUACUAGUCAUGAUAGUGGUCAUGACAGCAUAGCUGCAAUGUAUAAUGAUAAGGCACAGCAAAGGUUAGAAGAUGGUAAAUAUCUACCUCGCCUGAAUGAAUGGCUAGAUACUGAAGAAGAUUUUACCAACGUACAAGAUGUCUUGCGGAAACUGAAGGAUGAAAGCCAAUCAACAGUAGUAGAACAAAGCAAAAAAUUGUCUAGAGCUAUCAGUCGAGGAGCUAGUGCAGCCACGUCCAUGCAAGAUUGGCAAUCGGUUCAAAAUAAAUUAAGUGAUGCAGUGAUUAUUUCAUCAUUGCAAUCACGCACUCCAAGGAGAGGUUCUACUGCGGAAGGUGUUCUCCCUCCGAUCUUAGUUAACCAAAAUGUCGAAUUAGAGGAAGACCACCAACAAAAUUGGGCUGGCGAUGACCUGGAAAACUCAUCAUUAAUUAAUCUACCAGAUCAGUCUGGUCAUGUUCAGAAUACAAAAUCCGCUUUUAAUGUCUUGGGGCGUGUGGCAUCCAGAGUUGCCCAAAGUGUCUUCGAUAAUGAUGAUGCUGGAGCGAGUAUUAUAUCGGAUUUACAAGCUGCCUCCGUUUUAUGGGUUAAUAAAGCGGCGGAAAUAGGAUCUUAUAUUGGAGGUGCUAGCUCAUUCGGAAAGGGUAGCAUCGCAAAUCAUAAAGAUUUAGACAACUUUGAAACAGAAUCUAAGCUAGCUGAAAAUCAGCUGUUUGUAUCCGCUACAGAAACAGAAUUUACUCAACGGUUGCAAGCAAUUGCAGCUGAAAUGGUAAAAGAUGAUGCCCUCUCUACGCAAGAAGAAGAAGAAAUUACAGAAUUAGCUGCAGAGAAAAUAGUUCGACUUCCAAGUGCUGCAACUCGUCAUAGUAAAGAUGAUCUUGAUUUGGAGAAAACUAAAAUCAGCGAAGAUCUAUUGGAAUGGCAACAUUCUACCGAUGAUGAGAAUGCAAGUAAAGCAGCUAUACUAGCUGAAAGAGCAUCAAUAGGUAACAGUGCUAAUCAAGCUUUAGGUAAAGCAAUAUCUAUCCCAAGCCAGCAAUCGGAAAUUGAAUUACAGCCCGACGUGAGCCAUUUCGGUGACGAUGAGACAGUUCAAGAGGAAGAAAUCGAGGCUGAUGUUGAUGAUCCCUUUCAUGAAGUCGAUCAGUUAUUAAGCCCUGAUCAUGUUCAUGAGGCUAUUCCAAUCCCUGAGGUUAAAUUAACAGCCAGGGAAAAGGAAAGAUUAGUCAUCGAAUCAUCCAUGGCACGCUUAAAGCAAUUUCUACCUCAAGAAAUGAAAAAGAUAGCCAAAGCCAAAUCACCUAAGAAACAAGUAGCAGCGACUUUUGCAGCACCACGUGAUCGUAAAGUUCUUCGCAAACCCAGCAUGAGCGAUAUAUUAGGUAAUAAACGAUCUAAGUUAAAGAAGAAACCGAAGAAAAAAGCAAAAGUAAGGAGUCAUAGCUUAGUGAGCGAGUCCGAAGUAGAAGUUAUUCCUGAAGAAACAGAAGAAAUAGUGCUUGAAGAUGAUGAACUAGAUGAAGAACUCGAUAUGGUGCCCGAAUUACCAGCUGAUGAAGGUGGAGAAAGCAAAAUACCUAGGAAAAGUAGUCAGUUAUCCGAUGAAGAAAGCGAUGGUGAAUACAUUGUUAAAUUGUCAGCUGCUGAAAGGAGAAGAUUAGCUGCUGAAGAAAAAAGACAACGUGUUCUACAGAGAAGAUUAGAAAGGCAAGAAAUGAAGAAGCGAGAAGCUGAAGAGGCACAACGAAUUGAAGUAUUAAAGCGUAAAGCUGAGGAAGAAAUGAGAAGGAAGCAAGAAGAAUAUGAAAGAGCUAAGCGAGAACAAGAAGAACGAUUAAAGCAGGAAGAAGAAGAGCGUUAUAUUCGAAUUCGUGAAGAAGAGGAACGACAAGAUCGUGAAAAGCGAUUAAUGGAAGAAGCAAGAAAUAGAGAAGCAGAAUUACGCGAAAAAUUAAAACAAGAAGAAGAAGAACGGUUAGCAGCAUUACGUCGAGCUAAAGAAGCCGAAGCAAAACGACGAGCCAUGGAAGAAGAAAAACUCCGAUUAAUGGAAGAAGCUGAACGACAAGCAAUACUAGAACUGAAACGAAAAGAAGAAGAGGAAAGAUUGCGUCUACUUGCUGAGAAAGAACGUUUGGAUAAAAUUCGUCAUGAACGAGAAGAAAAUGAGCGACGAAAUUUAGAAAAGAAAAUGAUGCAAUUAAAGCUUAAAGCAUUACAACGCCAUUUCAUGCAAUUAGGAAUUAAUAAAGAUCAUAAUGGAAUCAAGAAAUUUUCCAACAUCACGCGAUCAUUUGUCUUUUCCUACUUUGAUUUAUUACCUGAAAUGGUACGACGUGAUGCUGCAAGAUUAAAUGGGAAAAAGCCCGAACGGGAGCUUAUAGCAAGCGUAGAAAAAAUGUUAGAAUUAGAAGAUGUUUAA